CUCAAAGUCAGCGUCCUCGAAGUAGACAACAAACUAAGACACAUUACAUUACAAGAGAACCAGAGGAGAGGAGACUACCUAUUUAGCAAUAACAACACUAUUGCCGGCGACUAUGGCAUCGGAUCUCAUUUUUGCCGGCCGUUCGCGAUUGGAACCGAUAAAUACAAAGGACGCCCCGACAAAAAAACAUAUCAUGUACGGCACGAAUAUAAACGAGACGCUAGCUGGUCGCUUAAUUAAUUGAUAUCUUUCGUAGAAAUUGACGACAAAUAAUCAUCGCAACGAAACGAUCUCCAAACUAAGCGCCAGUUAGCUAGCUAGCUAGUCUGGUUCCAACAUCGCCGUCAUUGCUUCCUUAUGGCUUCUUUUGUUGUUAUAAACGCGUUGCUACGGAUCGGGAAAUCGCAGGAAUCGACAAAGCAAGAAUACGAAAGCGAGAAUCGAAAACACGACACACGAUUUACGUGGUUCACUAACACGAUGUGUGUUAGCUACUUCCGCGGGCGAGAGAGAGCCAGUUUCACUAUAUCAGCGAGACCCCCGAUUACCAGUCGUAGCGGCUGAUAAUCCGAUUCAAGUCAUAUCAACAUUUAUCCCCAGCGACGCGGAAAGCCCCGAUGGUUUAGCAUCGACGGACACUUAAUAAUAACUUAAAUAGUUGAUUAGUGAUGACUUCUCCAUGCUUAAAGUCGAUUUACUACAUCUCUCGAUUAUGGAUCGUGGACAUACGUGCCUUGAGUUACCUGGAGCAUGCAUGGUCGAGUCCCGGUUCACGAUGACAAAGGGUAAUGGUGACAUAUGAGAUUAGAUUGCUAAAUUCCCCAACUAAACAAAAUAUAUGGUAAUCAACUUGUAUACGCCUGGAAUAUUAAUUCGAUACUCCAAAUGAUCUGAUCGUUAGAUGUAUUUUGUUGUACUUUAGUGAAUCAAAAUCGUCAAUUGUUAUUUUCUUAAAAUAAAUUGAUCUUUUAGUUUGAGUUUUGAAAAUUGGGACAUAGGAUCUAUCAGUUAGAGAUUAUGGUAUAAUUUCAUAUCACAAACUCUAUUUAAUUUAUGGUAUACAUAAAUAAUAUUGCAUACUCUAUAACAAAAUAACAAUCGACGAUUUUGAUUCUUCAUAAGUACUCGAAAUAUCGUAUACUCUAUUAUCACAUCAGUGCAUUAAUUAGGUAGGGACGACAUUAUUAUUUACUUAUUGAUGUGUAUUAUUCCCUAUUUGACUUCAUCACCAGUAUUAUUGUGUGGUAGGGAUCAUCUUAUCUAUUGUUGAUUAAGCUUUUUGAAUGUCAUAUAUUUUGAAGGCUUUUACAAUUUCAAAGUGAGUAUGAAACUUAUCUAGGCGAUGUUAAGUUUUACUUGACUAUUAUUGUUCUGUUUUAUCUCUGUCUCAGCCUUCAGUUUGUAUCUCAAAUUUAUAAUGUUUAUUAAUGUGUUUGGAACAAUAUUGUUUUUCCAUACUUAAGUGAUAUUUAAGAUAUUCGAAUUUGAGACCUCCAAAUUCAAGAUUAGUGGUAUUGCCGGCGAAUCUCUAAUAUUUACUAUUAACCAUAUAAAAAAAUCAGACUUUAUUUUGAUAAUCGAACAAUCAGAGACAGCAAAUGAUAAUGGAAUGGCGGCAAAAAUAAUUGCCUGUCGCUAUUACCUAGCUUCCAAUAAAUAGCAUACGUUAGCAUGCACAAUGAAUGGCCGCAUAUUGUCUUUCUUCAUAGGCUAAAAAGAAGAAUAGGGAGAGAGAAAGAAAUGGAACAAGUGGACUCCUCACCGGCCGGCAACCACCACCACCACGCACUUCUCUUCCCUUUCAUGUCAAAAGGCCACACCAUCCCGCUCCUCCACCUCGCCCGCCUCCUCCUCCGCCGCCACAUCACCGUCACCGUCGUCACCACUCCCGCCAACCGCCCUUUCAUCUCCCAAUCCCUCUCCUCUACCGCCUCCGCCGCCAAUAUCCUCACCAUCCCUUUCUCCCACAAUAUCCCCGAAAUCCCCGCCGGCACCGAGAGCAGCGACGCCCUCCCUUCCAUGUCCCUAUUUUACCAUUUCGCCUCCUCCACCGUCGUCAUGCAGCCGGCCUUCGACGCGGCGAUCGAAACCCUCACCCCUCCCGCCACCUUCAUGGUCUCCGACGGGUUCCUGUGGUGGACCCUGGAGUCCGCCAACAGGAUCCGCAUCCCGAGGCUCGUGUCCUUCGGGAUGUCCGCCCACGCCAUGUCUCUCGGCAGGGCGGUGGGCGAGACGGGGAUUCUGUGGGGACCAGAAUCCCACGAAGAGCUCAUCGCCCUGCCUCAGUUCCCGUGGAUGAAGAGCCACGGGUUCGUGUUGAACACCUUCUACGAGCUGGAAAAGGCUUUCGUUGACUACGUCAACUCUUCCGAGGGACCGACUUCCUGGUGCGUCGGGCCUCUGUGCUUGGCCGAGCCCAUGGACGGAGAAGUUUCGGGCCCAAGGCCCACAUACAUGGAUUGGCUCGACCAGAAGUACGUGGAAGGAGAGUCGGUUUUGUUCGUAGCUUUUGGAUCUCAGGCUGAUAUCUCGUUAGAGCAGCUAAAGGAAAUAGCCGCAGGGUUGGAAGAUUCAGGAGCCAACUUCUUGUGGGUUCUACGAGAUAAAGAGGCUGGAUUACUUGGUAAAGAAGAAGUAACAGGAUUUGAAGAGAGGGUUGAGGAGAGAGGGAAGGUGGUGAAGGGAUGGGCGAAGCAGAGGGAGAUACUAGGUCACAAGAGCGUGAAAGGGUUUAUGAGCCACUGCGGGUGGAACUCGGUGAUGGAGAGCGUGUGCGCCGGAGUUCCGGUGGCGGCUUGGCCGAUGGCGGCGGAGCAGCCGAUGAACGCGAGGAUGGUGGUGGAGGAGAUGAAGGUCGGGGUGAGGGUGGAGACGUGUGAUGGGUCGGUGAGGGGGUUUGUGAAGAGAGAUGGGGUGACGAAGGCGGUCAAGGAGCUGAUGGAAGGUGAGAGAGGGCGGAAGGCGGCGGAGUUGGGAGAGGCGGCGAGGGGAGCCAUGGAGGAAGGGAGUGGGUCUUCUUGGGUUAGCUUGGAUAAGUUGAUUCAUGAGACCAUGGUUGGUGUAAAUAAGAUGGAGUAAAUACGGAAGCGAUAUAUCGCAUUUGAUCUUUAUAGGUAGAAAAAAUAACAUUACAGUAAGGGAUAAUAAAAUAUUUUACGAGUUGGUAGAACUGAAAUAUCUACUCACUUAUUGUCCAUGGUAUUUGCAGGUCCAUUUUGUGAUGUGUUUGAUCUUUGAUUUGAUGUAAUUUUGUAAAGAAGUUGUCCAUGGAUAUUAGGGAUGCCAAUUUGAAUUUGUUAUGUCGGGUACAUUACUCGAUCUGAUGUCAUCACGGAUGGAAAUAGCUCUUACACCCUGCUAGGGACUUGCAUGGCUACAUGUUUAAUGAACCAAAACAAGGUUAGAUCAGGCUCGGCCUGAUGGACUUGGAUCCCCAAACAUUAUCUAAGGGGAGAAAAAUGGUCAAUGUCAGAUUGGCAUCCACGGACGGACCACAGAUUGGAUUUAUUAUAGGCCUUGUUAUUCAUACAUUGCAGGCUUCUUUUAACUGGGCCCUUUUGCUAAUCCUUGUUAUUCACACGUUGCAAAAAAAUGAAGUAACAAUAAAAAAACAAAUGCAAUUGCAAAUGACAUUGCACCAAUAGAGAUGCUCUAAGUGGUUGGGGUUCAUACUUGAUAGGCAACAAAAAAAUUUAUUGCUCAACAAAAUUUCCACCUCAUGACCGAAAUCCGAGAGCAUGACGUGGCCGUCCUCCCUCAACAAAAUGUUCUCCGCCUUCAGGUCCCUGUAGACGAUCCCCAGUGCCUGGAGAUACUUUAGAGCACAAGCACAUCGGCAGCGAAGAACUUCACCGCGACGAGCGAAUUUGAAUUGCUAAGGCUUAAAAUAAGAAAAUGUAUAAUAUAUUCUUUAGAUUAGAUAGAUUUAGAUUGUUUCAUGCGAUAAUGUAGCAUGGGAUUCGCGCUGAGGUAUAUGGCUUAAUUGUCUAAAUAAUAGAGCGUAGGUGGUUGUUGAACCGGAAGAUGGAGAUUAAAGUGGACAAAAAUAUAUCUUCAAAGGAAUUGUUAUUUAUAGUUUAAUGAAAGAGAUUAUAUCUCAAAAUUACUCAUUGGUCUUAUCUUUGAUCCCUUGCAUAUUCCUAAAAAUAGAAAUCUCUAAGCGUCAGUAAAUUUUUAUGUUAUUUUGAUCUAAUAAAACUCAUCUAGCUAAAAACUACGGUUCCCUUUCUCAUCUUUCUUGAUGAGAGGCCAUCAUCAUGAACAUAAGACAGAUUAAAAAAGUUAUUAGUCCACUACCGACAAAAAUAGCAUCGCGAAGGCCUUCAAAAUUCUUUGUCUUCAAGGGUACCUGUUCCGUCACCAAGAUGAUAGCCCUUGAUCUCUCUUGAGAUGACACUCCCGUUUCAUGACCAUUGCCAUAACUAUCUAGUAACAAUCUCGUUGUUGCCAUAGUUUCUCUCUCUACGGUCGACAGUUUGAAGUUGUUCUCCUCUCUUGUCUCGCAAUCUCGCUCCCAGCUCACCACCGUAGCUAUUUGUGCUUCGCCUGGACAUUUUGCCACAACAACCAAACUAUCUAGGCAGUGGAGUUGUUCGGGCGAUAGGGGUGCAUCUGUCGCCAACAUCACCCUUGUAUGAUGUUUGUGAAUGCUGAAAAUCAACAUGUCCCCGCUUUCAAACAAGCAGAAAAAUUCAUCAUCUCUGUAGCCAAGACCGAUGCAAAUUUGUUCCCUCUCUCCGCCUAGAGAGAAAUUAUACGUGUUCCAGAACCACUUAUCACGACGACGAAGAGUGCUGAAAUAGCGGUCGCCAUAGACCACAAGGAUCAUACAAUCAUGAGCCGUGGGCAUCGCCGAGAAGGCAACCUUGAUUGGCCAUGGAUUGAGAUAGGUCCAAUAAUGCAUUUCUAGGCCAGGCAAUUUGAUAUAGUUGUCGGGAUACCGGAGUAAGGGAUUGUUUAAGCAUGUAUCGUGCUCUUAAACCACUUAUAUUUAUAGAGUAUAUUAUAUUUAGUGUUUUGGUAUGGGGAGAUUGUUAGGACUAUAGACAUGCAUUAAAAGGUGUAACAAAAC